AUUGUCAGUGAUGCAUCAACAUGUCGCUGUCACCUUGCAUAUUUACACCUUGAUACUUAUCGAAAAUGGUGCACCAACAAUAACUUUGCAUCCAUGCUACCGAGUGAUGUGAAGGCUCGCAAGACAGUGGCCACAAUCGCCAAUGCACAGCAAACCUCCAUUGAUGGUCACGUCACAGAACUUCCUAAACAUACUGUUGUUGUACCUUACACAGCUGCACUCUUUCGCGAAGCUGCUGUUGAGUGGUUGAUCUCAACUAGCCAGCCAAUCCAGGCUGUUGACCAUCCCAGCUUCAAAAAAAUGAUUGAUGUCGCAUCUCGUGCUACGAACGGUGUCAUUAUACCUAAUCGCAAGGCCACAUAUUGUGAUAUCAUGGAUUUAUUCAAGAACCAGAUGAUGAAGCUCAAGGAAAGACUUAAUGUAUAUUUGUACUAG